AUGCCGGCAAAGGCAGAGGCGUUUGGGGCGCCGCGACGGGCGUCUGAGGAUUUCGACGAGCGCCUGACCGGGGACCAUGACCCCGGGAAAGAAGAACGGAGUUGGUACUCCUCGCCGUCGUAUGUGCAAGAGAGUGAGCCGUUCUCAAGCGAUGACGCGGGCGCGCGGACGACGGACCCGCUCCUCCCCCCAGCCGGAUCGGACAACGCAGAACCUGUCGCCUCCCCGAGCUGGUCUGCUUCGCUCUUCCUCGUGCCCGCUCCGGGACUUCGCUCGGACAAUCUCUCCCCGGCUGCCAUGCAUACGCGAAACUUUUCGACACUCGCCCAGAAGGACGGCGCGCCGCUCACGGCGUCUCCAGACGCCGAGCGUGUGGCCAGCGGCUCUCUUCCUUCUCUCCUCUCUGCGCCGGGCGAGGACCGCGCCACGGGAGAGGCGGGGGAGGGAGUCCAGACUGCGGAGACGGUCGGCGCGACUCGCCGCGAUGCGUGGGAGUCUCCCGGAGAGAACGAGGCGGUGGCCGUUCCCCGUCUCACGCGGUCAGGCGGCAAGGACAGCCCUACGGAAGGCUUAGACGGCACUGCGCCGCCGUCGGGCGUCGAGUCUGUGUGCGCCGCAGGAGCGCUGCCUUUAAGAAGCGAGCAGACCGCCCGGGAGGAGACGAAAGCGCCCGAAAGUGAGUCCCCGCAGACUUACGUGGCGGCGUCCCGGAAAGGGCUCACGAAACGGAGGGGUGCGCGACGCAGGUCCAUUUCAAGACACUGGAGUGGCGAGGCACGAGGCACGACUGCGGGCCGAGCCGCUCGAGGCGGCGCUGGGAGUCCGCCCUACGUGGCGGGGAGGGCGGGAAAAGCCUCUCAAGACGUAGGGACGAUUCCCCUCAACGACCUGCUUCGGCUCUUCGCCCUCGCUGGCCCGGGGGGCCUGCAGCCCCAGGAGAGUGGGGCCCCGGUCGCGGAGACACCGCAGGAGACAUUUGCGUCGGGACAGCCAGGGGAGACGUGGGGAGACCUCGCCUCAUUCUCGACCUUCCUCGAGAGUCUCCUAAACACUCAGGCACCGCUGCCACCCUCUGUCGACGUGUGUUCCGCGCUGAGUCCUGUGGCAGGCAACCCUGGGGCGACGCUCGGGCAGGGCGAUUGCGCCCUUCGGCGAGGCCAUGCAGAAGGGGCUUUCUCAGGCGAGAAAGAUCAAUGGAACCAGACCAAGCGCUUCAGAGACUCCGCCGGCCAGGCAGACAGCGAGCGAGGCCUUGUCCCUCCACGGGCGCCGGACGCGGGUCACCAGCCGCCCCUGGGAGCUGACGCGCGACCCCGAAAGGGCAGAGACGCAGAUCUCGACGCAGUCUACAAGACAAAAAUGUGCCCGUUCCUGAAAACCGGUUGGGCGGACGUCCUAGGGCCCUUGCCUGCGCGUUCGCUCACACGGGCGCCGCACUCUGCACUCCUCCGGAGUCAGGUGCGACCAUCGCCUAACGCGGCACUAACGAACACAGCACCGGAUGCAGUCGCAGCAUUGGUUACAAGGUUGCCCCUAAUGUGCGGAAACUAUAGGCAUCGCCCGAAGCUGUCGUGCGCGGCGGAUGGCGCUUGCGUACCUCGAAGACCUGUCUCGCCCCAGAAGAAACAGUGUUCUGGACAGCGGAUGCUCGGGAGUGCCUCGACGCUCGUGUGCAGUCGCGGCGAUCGUUACAAGGUUGCCCCUAAUGUGCGCAAAAUGGAGGCGUCGCGUGAAGCUUUCGUGCGCGGCGGAGAGCACUUGCGGACCGCCAAGACCUCCAGUCUGGCCCCAAAAGAUACGACGUUCUGGACGGCCGAUGCUGGGGAGUGCCUCGACGCGCGGGUCGCUAGGCCCUGCGCAGACCUGGCUGCCGAGGAAGAGGUCUUCCGUCACCUGGACGACUUCUUCUCUUCGCUGUCGAGCCACUGCGGAGGGUCCACGCCGCUCCCUACAGAAGACGAGAACAGUGCGCCGUCGGGCCUGCCUCUGCGCCAGGUUCACGGGGCGUCGUCCUCUUCAGGCACUCUGAGUGUGUCGGUCGCCUCCUCGUCGGUGUCGCGAACGCUGACACCAAGCGGGGCGAGUCUGGAUUCGACGCCGCCAGGCAGCGCGUCCUUCGGUCUCUUUCCGACGCUUGAAGCGCUGGCGUGUCCUGUCGCCGACGCUCACCACUUCUCAGAGGGCGAAGACGGCCGUCCGUCGCUGUCGGCGUUGGGAGUGUUCCCGUCUCACCUGCGUGCCUCGUCGGACCCCACAGCUGACUACGGCUACCCGUGCCUCCCGCGGACGUCGCCCUUGGGACACGAGGCGCCUGACAGCGCUGCCCCGGCGUCUGUCUGCCCGUCACCGCCUGUCGCCGUCGCGCCUGGUUCCUGUGCUGCCGCGCCGUCGCCUAGCGGCUGCUCAGCGGACCUCCUGAAGAAGAUGGGGAGUGGUUGCGCGAGUGCGGGGGCCGGGAAAAGCGGCGCGGGCUACUCCGGAGCUCGAGAGGGGCAGAGCCACCGGGCACCGUCAUCGGGAUCAGCUGAUCCGGGCGCGAAGCGCGGGGAUCGCCCUGCGGCCACGGCGAGUCAGGGCGUGCACCAGCGCGGCCUCGCACGGGCUUCGACCGCGAGUUCCGUCGCAUCUGAAGUCACGCUGCCGGUGCCUGUGACGGCCAGCAAAACGCGCCGCGGGAAGCGCGGUGGCCGCAGGAAACGGGGCGGUCGCGACGCGGACGCGAGGCGAGCCCAUUCCGGCCGCGACCGAUUCAACGCAGGCCGCGACGUAGCCCUGGGAGGAAGCCCGAUCGCGGAGACCAAUUGGGUGCAACUGAUGGAGGCUCUCGCGUCCAGGGCAGUGCUUCCGGCUAGCCUGGCGAGCGCCCUGGUGGCGUUGUCGGCGACGGGAGGCGACUCGGCGGGUGCGCCAGAGACGCCGGCCGGCGGUACAGGGUACAGAGGCGGGCGCCGCGAAGUCUCCGAAAGCGAGGAGCGACUGAACGCGUACGAAGUGGACAGGUGGGGCCAGCCUGCGCCGCUGUGGCUGCGGCCGCAGCCCGGACUAGGUGGCCUGAGCGCACAGGCGCAUGAAGCUGAGGGGCUGACCUCUACACUUCAGGCGGCCCUGGGGUCGUCCCUGCGGCCGACUGACGAAGGCCACCUGGGAGGCAGGGGCGGUAACCGGAUUCGAGAAGAACUCCGAGGACAGAGCCAAAAGCUGGAAAAUGCCGUCGCCUCUGUCUCGGGCUGGUCCCCCCUGGGCGGAGGGGUCGGGGCGACGGAGACUGCGUGGCCAGACGUGUCGGCGUUCGCGCCAGCGCAAAGCAGUGGGAAGGGCGCCCCGAGUUUCCCAGAGGAUCCUGCGGCCGGCAGUGCGCUCAGCAGAGAAGGGACGACGGAGCUCGACGCGUACGCUUCGGAUGAGAAAACGUGCGCGCGUCUCCUCCUGCUUCAGUGUCUGCAAGAACUCGUCAGCCGCUUGCCCGCUCUCAACAACGACGAGAUUAGGUGCUUAACCACCUUGUUGAGACUCCCGAAGAACCGGGAGGCUUUCUGCAAAUAG